GUGUCUGAGUUUCUUCUGUUUAAAACAGAGGAAAAAAUCAGAAGUGAUGCAUGUUGCUCAACAAGAAAAUGAAGGUCUUAACUGCAGCUGUGUGGGUUCUUGGGUUAUUUGUGUCUUCUGUUCAAGGGAAGGAGGAUUGUGACCCUCACAUUGAAACUCUGCAGAAGACGCUGCUGGUGAGGCAAGGGGACGGGUUCAAUCUGAGCUGCAGCUCCCCUUUCUGCACUCACUCCCCGUUCCUUCUGUACUGGUGCAAGGAGGAGCAAUCCCUGGCCCAGAGCGAUCGGCACAGCCUUCACUCCAGCAACGGCACCCACACAGCAACCCUGAGAGUGCGCUCAGCCACAGAGCAACACAGCGGGCAUUACCUGUGCCAAGCGAGGAAACAGCAAGCCCAGACUUCAUCUGCCAUGGGCAACAUCGUCCAUGUACUGGUAACAGACUUUAAGGUCAACGUCUCUGAUUAUGACGUGGAGGUGAGCGAGGGCGACUCGGUAUCAGUCAACUGCUCGGCCACCUUUCAUGCUGAUGUUAAACAGGAGGUGAGCUUGUACUGGAGCAGGGAGCGGUGCAACGAAUCAGGCUCUGCUAUCGGGAACCAGACCCUGGGAGAGGGGCAGAGCCGGUCCUCCCUGGAACUCUCCCCCAUCACAGUGGAGGAUGCUGGGGACUAUUACUGCUGUGCCUCCCUGGCGACGGAGAGCCCCAGUGAGGAGAGCAGGAGGGUCCGGGUACAGGUGACGGGAAUGAGAUCUGGAGGCGAGAUUAUCCUGCUGUCCCUUGUCCUUGCUAAAGCUGCUGUCUUCAUUAUAUUCGUCAACUUGAGCGUCUGCAUGUCCUGCACAAAGGCAUGCUAGGAGCUGGAUUCUUAUGAUAAAAGAAAUGCAUUCUAAUAAAGAAUUAUUCCAAAUUAAAAAAUAAAUGCAAAAGUAAUGUUUUUCAUCUUUAUUAAAAACAGAUAUAUUU